UUUUUAACGUAAAUUUGAAUGAUAUCUCUGCUAUCAAUACAGUAAGCGGCCUUUUUAUGUUUCAACAUGGCCCCGGAAAAUAAGAAGCUUCCGCGUGUGCCCGAAACCCUGUUGAAGAAGAGGAAAAGAAAUGAAGAAUUAAGAGCAAAAUUCACCAAGGCCAAGCUUGAAAAUAAGCUAAAACUAAAACAGAAGAAGAAAGUCAUUUUCCAACGCGCUGAAAAAUACAUCAAAGAGUAUCGUGCCAAGGAGAGAGAUGACAUUCGAAUGUCCCGACAAGCAAGGAAGACUGGCAACUUCUUUGUUCCUGAUGAACCUAAGCUUGCAUUUGUGAUGAGGAUCAGAGGUAUCAAUGGUGUUCAUCCAAAGCCCAGGAAAGUCAUGCAACUUUUCCGCUUGAGGCAGAUUAACAAUGGUGUCUUUGUGAGGCUCAACAAAGCUACAAUUCACAUGCUGAGAAUAGCUGAGCCUUUCAUCACCUGGGGGUAUCCCAACCUUAAGAGUGUGAGGGAGCUGGUGUACAAGAGAGGCUAUGGUAAAGUUGGAAACCAACGCAUCCCACUGACGGACAACUCCAUCAUUGAAAAACAAUUAGGACGAUAUGGCAUCAUCUGUAUGGAAGACUUGAUCCACGAAAUCUAUACAGUGGGACCUAGCUUCAAAUAUGCAGCCAACUUCUUGUGGCAAUUCAAACUGAACACACCUAAUGGUGGCUGGAGGCGAAAGUACAACCACUUCAAUGAUGGAGGAGACUUCGGUUUGCGGGAAGACGGCAUCAAUGCACUCUUGCGCAGGAUGGUGUAACGAGUAUCUGACUUGUGAUGUACAAUAAAGACAAGAAAAAACUUCUA